GAUCUAUUGAGUUACUUCGUCAUUAUUUUUCCGUUUUCACCUUUUGGUUCUGUUAGUAGUGUAAUUGUGCUUAAAUAUAGUCCAUUUGUAUAUAUUUGAAGCAAAAUAAUAUUAUAAUUUCAAUUUCGUUUAGUUUAAACUGGCUCCUAAAAGUUUUUUCAGUUUUUAGUAUAAAAAAUUAUGGGUGUAAAUGUGUGACGCUUAAAAUGGAAGAUCAUUUCAUAGAACCUGAGAAACUACUCUCAAUCCUUCAAUCAUGUGAUAAUUUUCUUAUAGUUGAUAUUCGUCCAGUUAAAGAUUUUUUAAAAACUAAAAUCAAUCCCAGUAAAGGGUAUAUUAUUAACAUUCCUGAAUCUUUCAUAAUACCAGGAUCUUCUGCAAAUGCUUUGGGACAUUGCCUUGAGUCUUCGGCAAAAAAACUUUGGGACAAAAGGGACCAAUUUCAUAUCUUAAUUCUAUUAGAUAAAGAUACUAUACAACGCAACUAUUUAGGCACAGGAUUAUCAAGAUUGAGGAAUAUUAUUGUAAAAUGUGAUAUAUGGCGUAGAAAUACACAUGAACCAGUUAUAUUGAAUGGAGGCUUGAAAGAAUUUGUUCAAUCUUAUCCCACCAGAGUUAUCAACGCUCAUAAGCUUUUGAAGCAGGUUAAUCCCGAGAUGUACAAGCUGCAGGAAUUAGAAAAAUUGGAACACGUGAAUCGAUAUUUAGGCUCAUUCUCAGAGAUAAAAGUAGAGGCUAGAAUGCUGGAGGACAUUUCCCCUUACAACAGGGACAGCAAAAAAAUUGUUUUACCAGAAGCGUUAGUUCCUGUGUGUAAUGAAAUUGAUAACAUUAAAAUUGAUACGGCUGUGGAAGAACAUCAGAAAACAACAAAACCAUCAUUUCAUGGAGAGAGUGAGCAUGGAAAUACAAGAGGAAACCGAUUGAUAAGAACAAAAAGAAUCAGAGCUUCUUUUUUGAAACCAUCAUCUGUGGCUUGUAUUGCCAGACCAGUAGCUAUAAUUGAAGACGGUUUCACUGGAUUAGAAAACGUGGGAAAUAUAUGCUACAUGAAUAGUUUGUUACAGUGCCUAAAAGUAAUUCCUAUCAUUAAGAAAACUUAUGUUACAUCUGACCAAUAUCUGUCUUAUACAACUAAAAAGCUUCCCAAUAUUAAUAAUCAUCUAGCAGAAGUCCUACGACAGCUUUGGAGUGGAACAAGAAGUAAGCCUAGAACAUUUUUUAUAUCACAUUUCAAAAAUCGGAUAUGUGAGUUCGCUCCCAAUUAUAACAGAAACACUCACGAAGAUUGCUUCGAAUUUUUCUUGUUUCUGUUCAACUUAGUCAGUGAAGAUUGCUCAAUAGAUUUACCUAUUAAAGUAGAGACCGAGAGUGAAAAAGCCUGGUUUAGUCACUUAAAAGGCCGUUCUUCUUUUUGGAUUGAAACGUUUUAUUUCCAAUUUAAGAAUAUAAAAGUUUGCCGCAACUGUCAUGAAACAAAUGUAUCAUUCGAGACUGAGGGGGUUUUGUUUUUACCCGUACCAAACAAAAAUUGUACUUUAGAUGGCCUGAUUAAUGACUACUUGAAAGAGAGCAGCUUAGUUGAUUAUCCAUGCAAUAACUGUAAAUCAGUUAACACUAUAAUAAAUCGAAAAGAAGUCUCCAUUGAACCCAAAGUUUUUGCUGUGGUACUGAAAAGAUAUUAUUCUGAUGGUGCCAGAUUUCGUAAAAACGAGACACAAGUGGAUUUUCCUCUUAAACAUUUGAAAUUUGGCACCUCAGAAUACAAGUGCUACAGCGUGGUUCAACAUUCAGGGACUUUGAUUAGGGGACAUUAUUAUGCAGCUGUAGAGUUGAAUGAAGAACUUGAAAAUUGGUAUCAAUUUAACGAUGAUAUGAUAACUCUCCUCCCAUUACAAAAUCGUAGUAGUAGCUUGAGACGCACAGCAACGGGUUUCUUUUAUGUUCGACAAUAA